AUGGAAAACAUAUCUUCUGAAGAAAUUACUGUUCAGGUCAAUGAUGAUUCGCCAAUCCUCAUUAGUCUUCCUAAAGCUGCAAAUCUUACAGAAAUACGUAACACACUUUCUGAAAGAUAUGAUAUUAAGAUGGGGCCUAAAACUUAUUUUGUAUGCCCAAAAGAUGGCUCACCCACAAUUCCGUAUCACGAAGAAAAAAAAUAUUCGUUGGAAAAUAUUAUUAACCUGACCAAAAAUUUGAAAAUAAAGGGUGAGCUUGAACCAAAUUGGAAAGAGAUUAUUGAAAAAAAUAAACUUGAAUGUGGUUUAUUUUUCACGGAUGACGGGCCGAGAUCUGCAAAGGAAAAAGCUUUUGAAAUCGAAAUUGUGCAACAUCCGAAGACAUUGUCAAAUCAUAUUACUAGAGAUGAAGUAAUAGAAUGUAAAACGGAAACAGAUGAUUUUCGAACAAAAAAUCUAUUCGUUACAGCAAAUCUAGAUGUAAACUUACCACAGAUACCAAUUUCUGCGAAAUUUGAUGCUUUUUACCAGACAAAUUCCAUCAAACAUAGUGCUAACGUGAAGUUAAAUACGUACCAGAAAUCAAUAAGGAUAAAAGCAAUAUUUUCAAUGUCCGAAUCAGAAGUCAAACCAACUAAAGAAUUUAUUUCGGCAGUUGAUAAAGCACUCGAGUUAAAUUGCCGUGAAUCCCUCAAAAAAGUCACAGAGAAGUUUGGACAAUUUUGGUGCAAAAAACUUGGAAUUGGCGGAAGCAUUUUAUAUGUUAAAAAAGAAGAAUCAAAUAUACGACGCGAGGAAAAAAGUAUAGCUGGAGCCAUUAAAUUUGGGAAACAUGAAGAAACGAAUCAGACGAAUACAGCAACUAAUAUAUAUGCUUAUUUUCAAAUUCGUGGUGGUUUGGAAAAAAAUUACCAUAGAGGAAUGGAAGAGUGGAUUACGUCUUUAGAAGAUUAUAAAACGUGGGAAGUAGCUGCUUAUUCUGAUAUUCAUUCAAUAUUUGAUAUCCUUGAUGAAGAAAGAAGAAAAAAAGUAGCAGCAGUUUUGGGAAAACGAAUUAUUGAUUCUCGAGUUGUGAAACUGGAUUUCAGAAUGGAUAUUUCUAAACCGUAUCCACAUAUAUACAAAAUCCCGAUAAAAUAUGAUUUAUCGAAUUGUCAAAUUUUUGUUACGGAAAUGAAAGAAGAUAACAACUCAGAUACAAUAUUUGCUUCUCGAGUUCAUUAUAUCAACGAUAAAGAUCCGCCUGUAAUUCUAUUACAUCGACUUGGAUCAUUGAAUAAAAUAGCAAAAUACCAAAAAUUUUCAAUUAAGUUAGGCUGGAUCGUACUUGGAACAUCGACCAUACUCGAACAAAAAACGGUUCCAGAUUUUCGAAGUGUCGAAUCACCAAUUACAAUGAAUGGUAAACAUUGUUUAACGGCCAUUUUCCCUCAUGAACUGAGUCCAAAUGAAAGUCUAUUGGCUACUUGUGUUUCAAGAUCCAAAAACUCGCGGGAAAAUCAUGCGAAAUCUAAGUAUAUUACGAGAUCGCAUUUUGUUUCUAAUAAUGGUUCUAUUAAGGCUUGUGCGUUUUUCUAUGAUCUAGAAAAAAGAGAGCUAUCUUAUCAGUUAGAUGAUUUGAACACACACUUUUUGAUUAAUUACAGUAUAAUAAUCGGGCAACAAAAUGAUGAAUUCGGCCAAGCACAAAUAAGUAACGUAACUUCCGUUAUUAAAAACAAAAUUCAUCAAACAAAACGAUAUAAAAUCUCUUUUGAAAACUAUAAUCACUUAACGUCACAACAUGAAAAUGACCAAUUUGCUGCUACUUCGUCAACACACUCAACGCAAUCAUGUUUGCAGAAUCCUAUUUUUGUUAACUUAAUUAUGGAUAAAUGCUCAGAAAGAAGAAAAUGCCCUCAUGGUGUCUUGAAUCCUACACCAAAGCACGCGGAAUUCAAGUCUUUAUAUAGUGUGGAUGUGAAUAACAAGAAAAUUGCCUAUUUUCGUGCUCCAAUUCUAAUUAAUGAGGAAAGACAGCCAAGCAUUGAAUGA